GUACCUCCUCAUUUGCAACAAUGUCUUGUUUACUGUUCCCUUCUUCAAAAAGAUAGGAUUGAAUGUAGUAGUUAUGCAUUGAUCAGAUAUUGGAUGGCACAUGGAAUCCUUGAUCAGUCCCGUGUUCAUGGGAAUAUGGAGUUGGAAGACAUCGGAGAGCUGUAUUUUAAAGAUUUAUCGGCGAGAUCCUUCUUUCAAAACGUUACUGAUCAUGGAAUGUACUACGAAAUUGAUAUGCAUGAUCUUAUCCAUGAUCUUUUACAAUCAGUUGUACAAGGUGAGUGUUUUAUAGUGAAGUCUGCAAACACCAAAGACAUAUCUGAAAAUGUUAGACAUUUGACAUUUUUGGAAGCUGGCCAAAAUGUUUCAACAACUUCGCAAAAGUUGAACAAAGUGCGGACUGUAGUAGCAGAGGAAAUAGAGAUUGAUGAAUCCUUCAUGUGCACUUGCUUUUCAAGAUUCAAGUAUUUGCGAGUGCUUCAGUUACCUACAUGUUCAUUACAAGUGUUGCCAAAAUCCAUUGGUUCCUUGAAACAUUUGAGAUUUCUGAACUUAAAUUUUAAUGAAGCAAUAACGAAACUCCCGAAUGCAAUUUGCAGACUGCAGAGCUUGCAAACUCUAUAUUUUGGUGGGUGUGAGAAUCUUGAAGAGUUGCCCAAAGAUAUAAGCAAAUUGAUCAGCCUCACAUCACUUGGUUUUACGACGAAACAAACAAGUUUUACAGAGAAUGGGGUGGGAUGCUUGAAAUCACUUCAAUUUCUUACUAUUAUCAAGUGUAGUAAUUUAACCUCUUUGCCAUGUGAAACAAGUUAUCUUACUUCCUUACGGACUCUAGCGCUAGAGGAAUGUGAACAACUGGAUUUGGGGAACGUAAAUUAUCAAGGAACUCCACUGAGGCUUCAAAACUUGUGGAUUAUGAAUUUACCACGGAUGGUUACAUUGCCUGAAUGGUUUCAAGGAGCGGCUAACACCCUUCAAUUCUUGGUUAUUAAAGAGUGUGAGAAUUUGGAGGCAUUACCUGAGUGGUUGGCAAGUUUCACAUCACUCACAAAGUUGAUCGUUGGUAAAUGUCAGAAAUUGUCGUCUCUGCCAGAGGGGAUGCGUUCUCUUACCUCCUUAAGAGAACUUGUGAUUGGUGAUUGUCCUGAAUUAGAGAGGAGAUGUCAGCGCAACAUUGGAGAAGAUUGGCCCAAGAUUUCUCAUGUGCCACAUGUCUCCUUUCACGUCCUCGAUUGAUUUCUCCAUAUAUAAUAGAUGCGAACAAGGUGGGUCUUCUCGUGUGUUUGUUCUAUACUAAUAUUAUUCCUAGUUUCUUCAGCUGUCUCAGUAUUUCUUUCUUUCCCUUUGUUUGUUUGUUUUCUUGUGUCUAGG